AUGCCCAUCCCCAGCAACUACAACCGCCUGCAGGAGGCAGUUACUUUCAUAUCCCGGCGAACUUUCAUCGUGCAAGGAUCACUCAUUCACUCACUCUGUCGACCCAAGUGGAUGCUUGAGACGAGCGCAAAGGAUGAUCCGUUUGUUACUAAUGGCGAUGGCGUUAAGCCACGGAAUUUGGGCGCUACAUCAUGCUCAGAGAGAGUUGUUAAAGAUGUUCAAACCUUUAUUUUCCCUGUGUUCCUACCAGAUGCUAGUCUUGGCUGUAGUCCAAACCCGUGCUUAAACGCAGAAUGUGUACUUGGACCAGAUGGGCAAGCAUUCUGUGAAUGCUCUGGUGGACAAAAUGGCGAAUUCUGUAACGCGUCGUCCAUCGGGGUAAACUGCGAGCCAAGCUCUGACGGCGAUCGCUACAUCUACGAUCAGUAUGGGGGUUACAUACAGUCGCCGGGGUACCCUGAACCGUACGGAAUCCAACAACGAUGUCCUUACAUCAUCGGAUUUCCUGGUGCAGAGAGGAUCGAGAUCAGAUUUGAAAAUGUAGAUAUUGAUUUUAGCGGAGCGAAUUACCUAGGCUACCAGCCUGGUGGUACAAUAGAUUUUGCGAGUGAGUAUGUGAGACUUGAAAGCCUUCCCAGUGAGACGAUUGUGGUGAAUGACAGCAAAGUGUCGGUCUUCUUCCAGACUACUUACGCCAACCCUUCCCAGAAAAAGGGAUUUAGAAUGCACUUCAGAAUCUACGUUGAUGAAUGCCGCAGCAGUCCUUGUCAGAAUGGUGUCUGUUUUGACGAAGUAGACGGUUUCGGCUGUGAAUGCUCCCCGGGCUACGAGGGUACCUUAUGCGAGACUAAUACCGAUGAUUGUGCAAUCGACCCUUGCCAGAACGGAGGUGUUUGUGUUGACGACGUGAAUGGUUUCAGUUGUCAAUGUUCCCUUGGCUACGCUGGUGACCAAUGCGAGACUAAUAUUAACGAGUGUGGCAGCAAUCCAUGUCUGAAUGGUGCCGAGUGCGUGGAUGGUGUCAAUGAGUUCUCCUGCACGUGUACUGCUGGGUUUCGUGGCGUUCUUUGUAAAACCGAGAAUGAUGACGAGGAGGGGGAGGAGCAAGAAGAGGAAGAAGACGAAGGAUCAUCUGACGAGGAUGAUGAUGAUGAUUAGGAGGAGGAGGAUUAGGAAGAAAGGAGGAAGAAAGGCGAAGAGCUUUUAAGAGCAUUGUAUUUUUGGAAAACCAAGGAAAAUUAUCAAGCGAUAUAACUCAUGUCAUCGUCAUUUUCAAGUGAAAUGAUUUUGCGACGACAAUCUAAAUUGAUAUAUGAUUCCCUUUAUCCUCAGCAAAUGAUUUUGCCUAUACACAGCGUUCAAGUUGAUAGGGUGUUCAACGAAUGAUACGUUUACUUUUUAGUGUAACAAAAGUUUCAUUGGCUCGUUUGGUGUUUACAUUGGGACUUUUCUGUUGAUAUAUAAUUGAUACAGUCAUAUAUAGCCUUGACGUAUAAAGUCACCCGGUAUCUCGUAUUUUGAGCACAAUGAUGGAACGGUCGAUGGUUGUUCUGGUUUAUUUAGUUGUGGCCGUACCGUAAGUCUGAUGCCUCAUAAGUCCAACAUUUCGGAAUUAUGAAGCAUCGGAUUUAUGAGGCAUCUGACUUUCGGACAAUUUUAGUAUUCGGCCUCAUGGCUCCCACGCCUCAUAUAAGUCCGACGUCGGACAAACGAGGCGUCGGACUUAUGAGGCGUCGGAGCUAUGGACGGUUACAAAGAAAGGUUCAUUUUGACCGACAAGGCAAGAACAAGUUUCCAGUGGUUUUUGAACCCAUUGUACCAGGACUCGGACAAUUAUGGACCAAACUACACGCCCGGCUCUCAGUGGGUUUAAUAUCAGUGGUGCCCCCCCCCCCCGGGGUUCAUGAGCAAAUGUGUAAUCUCUAACUGUAACAGUUGGUGGCGGUAACAUUCUGACAUUUUACGCGAUGUUUGUAUUUACAUGUAUUAAGAAUGGCUGUCGGACAAACGAGGCGUUGGACUUAUGAGACGCCGGACUUAUGGACCGAAAUGAAAGUAAAUUUAAUUAUCGGACCUACGAGGCGUCGGACCUAUGAGGCGUCAGGCCUAUGGGGCGUGGGAACUAUGGGGCGUCGGGCCUAUGAGGAGUCGGUCUGAUGGGUCUUUAUUUGGUUGGGGAUGAGAUUUUAUCGAACUUAUGCACGUACCCUGCAUUCAGCAACGUGCUUCUGACUAAAAUAAUGAACACCCUUACGUCGCACUGUUUGAGAAUUAGAAAUUAGUAUUCAUGGUUUGUAUCAAGUAUAUAUUGACAUGCAUAACAGGACUCGGAGAUUUACAGUUUACCAUGAUAAAUAAAAGAGCACAAUUGAAAGGAAACAAUAUAGAUACAAAUUACAUGGUCACUGGCUCCCAGAAUGCAUCGCGGUAAACUCUCAAUGACGUCAUUACCUUUCCUUUGUGACAAUAAGUUUUGUGUUUACCAACUUAUAGCUUUUUUUAUCCUUGGUUAUCGGUGGCAGAUUAUAAGGUGUUUUUAUGACCAAUUGGCUUUAUUUUACCAACUUAUAUGUUGAAUUGAUUUAAUUUGAUUAAUGGUGGUGGAUGAAUUGUAACCUUUGAGUUCGAUUAAAAGAGUGACAUUAAUAAAAUAAAAUUCCAAGUAUAUUCAGUGCUAGCUGCUAGCAAAAUAUACUCGAAGAGCAUGUUUUGUUUCUUUACGUAUAUGUCCGUCUUUACCUUUUAAUUUCUGCAAAGCAUUUAUAGGUUUUCAUGAGUGCGAAAGCGCCCUCCUUAAAAAUAAUAAUAAUGAUAAAGACCGAUGUUAGCAUUUUCUUCGGUACGCCUAUUGAAAGCCUCACCCAUCCGACCCCAAAAACAGGGAAAUGAGGAUUCGUACUCCAAAAUAGAAACAGCCCAAGGACCAACAAAAAAGCUUCAUAUUAUUUACAAAUAAUGUUUAGUCUUUGUAACGAGGAUACAUACAGUCUUGCAACGUUUGUUUUUGAUGUAAUUCCUCUUGAUGACUGGA